UGAUCGUGUUACACUUUAUUUGGUUCGGGUAUCACAUCAGUGAACAGAAACUAAUUUUCUAUCUUUAGAAGAUAUUAAAAUAUACAAAUUUGAUUUGCUUUGUAAACAAUAUCUGCACGGUAUUGCAACGUGGAACACUAGCCAGACUUUACCGUACUGCUAAAGUAGGGUUCAAAGUUACUGGAAAGAAGCUGGAAAACAAUGAGAAAACGCUGAUAAGGGUCCAGCAUGUCAGGAGCUCCCCCUCCACCCCCUCUCCCUCCACCCCUAUCACUGACUCCCUCAGUGUCCAGCAAGAAGAAGCUUUACCAGGCUAUAGCUGGAGGAAAGAGUCCUGUGGAGGGAGAUCAUGAAGAGGCCAGGAUUAUUAUAGCACAGAGAGAAAACAGCUUUAGGAAGGAUGUACAGUGGUUGCUGUUCAACAAGUAUGUGCCUUCACUUAUUCAAGAUGGUCCACAAUGUGGCCUUGUGGCCUUAUGGAUGGCCGGUCAUUUACUGCAGCCUCCUAAGAUCAUACCCAUAGAGAUGGUGGUCCAGGUUGCAAAGGACAAAGGCUACACUGCACAGGGGGAAAUGUUUUCUGCCAGUGACAUGGCCAAGCUGGCAGAGGAAGUAUGCGGAUGCAGAGUUCAGAUAUUAUCAGGAGGCAUGAUGGGAGAUAACUCUGCUGUUAUUCUGAAACAUCUCUCCAAUGGGCAGCCUAUUCUCGUACCAUAUGAUGAAGAUUUUAAUCAUGAGCCUUGUCUGCGCAAUGGCCACAAAGCCCAUUGGGCAGUUAUCUCGGGUAUAAUACUGGGCCUUAGGCAGGGGUGUAUGGACAGCAAACUGUUCCCCCCUGACAUCACACUUCCCUGGCUUCAUCUGUCACAGAAUGGUUCAUGUGUUUCUUGGCCGAUUGAUGGCAUUGAAGACGUGUAUGUUCUGGCCAAACAGGGGAAGAGUCUACGUUACCAGCUGUGGAAGUAUGAGACAGUAGCACAGAGCAAUGCCCAGCUCAAAGAGAUGGACCCACAGAGGGCCAGCGAUGGGACACAUUAUGUGCUUCCUUCUGGUGGGGUACAGGAAGGUCUCGCAGGUCAAGUGGUGCUGCUUCAUACUCAAACACUCAUGACAUGAUCAUGAAAAAGACCAUAGACUUAAAUCAUGUAUUUCAGUCUUCAUCCACUAGAUGUCCUCAUAGGUAUUAUUUUAGUUUGUAAAGCACAAGUGAAUGCAGAGAGCCCAGUGGAAAUGUGAAGCGAUAAAGUUACUUUUUAGAUAAGUGUAUUUAUUGUGUAUUAUGAUUUAGCUGUCACAUAAUCUGCAAUCUUGCCUUAUUGACAAAGGCAGGUCUGAACUUUAUAGCCAUAGAGUAACUAGUUAAAGUUUUUAAUAUAGGAGUCAAACCAGGUAACAUAAUACAUUUUUAUGGUUACAAACUUUUAAAACCGAGCCUUAUAUGCAGAAGUUGCUUUAAAAUGAUUUAUUUUGCACAUUGCAGAUGCAUUUCAAAAAAUAAAAUAAGUUCCCAUGACAGAUCUGCUUCUGUUUCAUGUUCGUGAUGUUCUGCUAUCCCACAAAGUGUUAAUGUAACAUUUUAACUCUGACCGCUUAUUUUGUCACUGACUGAUGUAAAACUGCACGUCAACAUACGGCUCAGAGCAAACGAAAUGGUAUUGCUCAACAUGAUUUCCUGAACCACAAAGAUGUCGUUUAGUGAUGUUCAUGAGUAAGAGGACAAAAUGUUUAGCUUUUAUGAUGUAAUCCCAGUUUCAGAACUAUUCUAGAUAAAUGACAUGUUAAGAAAGAGCUUAACUCAACAGGAAAUUACACCAGAAGAAACAUCAUUCAGCAGAAAUAGAAGUGGGUUAGUGGCCUAAAAUCUUGUUGUAUUUCAGAUAUUGUAACUUUUUUCUAAUUCUCAAGAUUAUAAUAUCUUAAAGGGGCCAUCACACAAGACUUUUUUAAGAUGUCAAAUGAAUCUUUGGUGUCCCC